GAUUCUUUUUCCAAAAUUUUAUUUCUGAAUCAAAACAAUGCUCUGAAUUUUCAAAUUUUGUAGUGUUUUGUUCUAAAAAUAUUCCAACAUGAAGAGUAAUUUCGUUCCACGGGUGAAUCAGUUGGAUUCGAUUCAAUUAGAUUAUGAAAUCAUCAACAUUAUGAAGGAACAAAUCCAUAAUGUACUCCGUAAUUUACCGCCCGGAUUACUGAGUAACUUUCAACCGGAAAUCAACUUACUCAUGAACUCGGCCCUCUGGAAUUAUUCCGUUCGCAAGUCAUUUGCCACAUUUGGUCAGCAAAUGCUUUCGAUAACCUAUGACCAGAAGCAGCUGCAUCCCAACAAACUAAAGGCACACUUUGCCCUAACGGUAGCGCUAAGCUAUUUGAGGGAGCUUAUCCAGUACCGACUAGUCAACGUCACCUUUCUUCAGCGAAUGAUAUCGGCUGUGGAAAACUGUCUAGUAUGUUUGAACUUUAUCAACUUUUUCCGCUUUCUACGGUACGGUCAGAAACCAUCCCUCGUGGACUACGUGCUGCGGUUGGAUCACCGAUGUUUGGACGGAGCCAAGAGGCGUACGAUCGGUUAUUCGUACAUGACUCGAGAACUGAUAUGGGCCGGGUUUAUGGAGCUGCUUGGGUUUACCAUUCCCAUUGUUAAUUAUCAUGCGUUGAAGCGGAGGUUGAAAAACUUUUUCAAACUGGAAAGUCCUCAGGAAGGAACUAAACCCGUUGAGCUAACGGUGAACAGUAAAUGUGCGUACUGCAACGAAAGGGUCACAUUGCCACACCACAUGGGUUGUGGACAUGUAUUUUGUUACUACUGUUUGAAGGGAAAUCUGCUGGCGGAUUCUGGAUUCCAAUGUAACAUGUGUGACUCAAAAUGUCAUAGCUUUGAAAAAGUAAGGGUGAUAUAGUAAGUAUGUGAUUUAUAUUGUUUGCUGUUGGGAUAGAUAAUGACGGUUAACUAUAAA